CCCCUCGGCGUUCUCUUCCACUUCCAUUCACAGUCGAAGCGAGGGAAACAUCCGGUGGCAUUCAUUGAUCGGCGCCGCGCCGCUGUUUGAACUUCACCGUAUUCUCCAUUUUACAAUCUGGUUUCUUCGAGUUCCUCUCUGCGCAUUUCCCUCGAUCGUAGCAGGCGAUGGUGGAAAAUUCCGGUGCAAUUGUAGCACAUGCUGCGCAACAACCUUCAUUCCCACCGGACUCAGCUCCGGCUGCUGUUCCGGCCGCUAUUCCGGUGGAAAUCUCUGGUGCUUCUCAGCCUGCAGCAGAUGUUCGUCCUCCAUCUGUUUUACCAGACGCAGUUCGGAACCCGAGUGCGGCUCCAGCGCCGAUUUCAUCUCCGAUUCCCUCCGAUUCUACCCAGACCUUCAUAUACAAGAGUCAAUUGCAUGAGUACGCGCAAAGAUCGAGGAUCCCAUUACCAGUUUAUCAAACAGUUAUUGAAGGAUCUAUAGGUUUACCAAAAUAUAGGUCUACUGUGUUAGUUGAUGAGGUACAUUACGUGUCUCCAAAUACGUUUCGUAAUCGAAGGGGAGCUGAACAUGAUGCUGCUAGAAUUGCCCUUGAGUACAUAUCAAAAAGAACAAAGGACGAUGGCUUUCUUCUUCUUCAGGAGGAUUUGAUGUUUUGUAAGUCCAUUUUAUCUGAAUAUACGGUCAAAAUGAACUUGAAAAGACCUCUUUACACAACAAAUCAUCACGACGGCUCAGUUCCAAUUUUCCAAUCCACCUUGGUUUUUGAUGGUGUGGUUUAUACCGGCAAUCUUAGUAGGAGCAAAAAAGAGGCCGAGCAAUUGGCAGCACGUGCUGCUAUACUAUCACUUAUUGGUGAUGCAGGAAAUCCCGAAUCACAAAAAACCCUUACUAAAAUUAUUGCUUCUAAAGUCAGACUCCAUGCAACGUUGCAAAAGGUUAAAGAUUCAUUUCCAUCACAAAUUCAAUCCAAACCCAUGUCUGAAAAGUCAGAGCAAGGACAUGUUGGAAUGACAGUUAAUGAAGAUAUAUAUGUCGAAAAUGCUAGUUUGACUGAUGAAGUUGUAUCUGGUGCAAUUUCAGAGAUUCCUCCCACAACAUCUCAUUUUCAACCUGAAUUUAAACCAGAAGCAUCACCCCUUUCAGUGAGACUCCCUAUAGAAUAUGUGCCUUCAACUUUAGAGGAACCUGUAGGUGAUCAUGCGACUGGGUCUAGAAAGCGGUCCAAGAACAGGAGAAAGGCGCGUAAGAAAUUGCAUGUUGAGAACCAGAUGUCGAUCGAGGCAAGUCAAACAACUCCUCCUUGCUCCGUAGCUCAAUGACCAUGAUGCAACUUAUAUAAAUGCUCACUUGCUUCGGAGGUAACAUUUUAGAGUAUUUUUGGGUACAAAUACCAGGGAUUCAAGAUUCUCUUUUUCUAGUAGGUUCGUGUUUUCUAGUAGCUUAUGGUCCGUUGGCUUACACGUGCCUCUGUGAAGUGCAAUCUCCCUCCAGUUCUUGGUUCGAAUCUCUAACUUCUGCAAUGUUGUAUGUUCGAAGAAAAAAAUAAAGUAGGUCCAUGUUUUCUAUUAGAUUCACCAAGAGAUGGGAGAGCUCGGAUUUUAGGUUAAGUCGGUCUAGUCAUUCAUUGCAAUUCCUCACUCAUCGAUCAAGAAAGGACACAUCUAGUCGACUCAGGAUGUCAUUGACUGAAUGUACUUGUAGCUGUAUCAGAAUAGACAUUGGUUUAGAAUUUGGAUAUUCUUGAAUCUUGAUAUUAGAAGUAUGUUUCCUGGGCAGUUUAGCCGUGAAAAAUGGUUUUAAUUAAUAAAUUGCUUGGGUCUCACUAUGAAUCUUUAUUAA